AUGCGGCUGCUCACCGGCCACCACCUCUUGCUCGUCACCGCGAGGAGGGCGUUGGGUCUGGUGUGCGGUCACGUCGUGUGGGGCGUGGGGGACACCAAGCUUGUCAGGCUGGCGGACACGGUCGACCGACGGGGCACGAAGGCGGACGAGCAGAGGCUCAAGAGGCUGCUCCAGUGGGUCGACCUCGCCACGGGCUUCUUCUGGAGCGACACGUACAACCUCACGGAGACGCUUCAGACAAACGCGCUGAGCCCUUUGUCCGGCGAACGCCAUCCGGGCCAUCUGGUGUACUGCCCCGGUGACUUCGAGUCCGCCUUCGCGUGGAACGCGCACCUGUCCAGGGCACUGCGCGUCGCGCUGGGGACGGAGACCGCGUCGCGUUGGAUCGCGCCGCUGUGCCACGGGUACUUUGCGCAGACCCGCGCGUCGAUGUCGGGCCGCGAGGUGACGAUGACGGUGCUCGCGCGCAGGUCGCGGCACCACGCGGGGACGCGGUUCAAUCGCAGGGGAGUCAACGUGCGAGGCAGGGUGGCGAACGAGGUGGAGACGGAGCAGAUCGUCGACGCCGGCGACGCGCAGCUCACCUGGUACGAACCCCGCGUGUCCUCCGCGACGCAGCUGCGGGGCAGCGUCCCGCUGUUCUGGUCCCAGGACACGUCCGCGCUGAACGCCAGGCCGACGAUCGUCGUCCGCGGGCACGACGUGACCCACUCCGCGACGGCGGCGCACUUUUCGCUCGUGCGUCAGAGGUAUUGCGACCCGGCGGUGUGCCUGUCACUGAUCCGUUCGCAGGAACGGCGGCCGAGGGAAUCGGCGCUUCGAGGCGAGCUGGCGGCGGCGCUGCACUACGUCAACGGCGCUUUGCCCGCAGACCGGGAGAGGAUCGCGUGCGUGCACUGGGACUUUGAGCGUCAGAUGAAGGGAUCCGUCUCGGCGGACGGGGACGAUUUUCACGGUGACGGUGACGGUGACGGGGACGAAUCAGAAGGUUUCGGGGCGGCAGCGCGCCCGGUGCGGGGGUGUGCACGCUCGCGCCGCCGCCGCCGCCUCGUUCAGGGACGCGGCUUGCGAGCUGGUCACCGGCCGGGCUCGGGGUCCGACCCGUGGCUGUUUUCCACCGCGCCGUCUCGCGUCACCCCCCUCGACGACUCGAAGAGACUCGCGCUCACGUGCCAGAGCGGCGUCCUCCGGUCGCACUGCGUCGACUGCCUGGACAGGACCAACGUGGCGCAGUUCGCGUGGGGUCUCGCCGCGCUCGGAUGCCAGCUCGAACGCCUGGGGGUCAUCGACGGCGACGCCGUCGGCCCGGACUCUUCCGUCGCCGCGGCGUUGAUGUCCGUGUACAGGUCGAUGGGCGACGUCCUC